AUGAUUAUCCCCUUCAUUGCUACGUAUAUGACAUUUACUCUGAGCUUAUUGCUAUUCCACCGUUCUGUCGAUUGUAUGGAUAGUAUAGGCAAAACUGGUUUUAGGAGAUCAAAGCUGAGCGAAAAUACUUCAGAGCAAUCUCUUGGCCUUGAAACAAAAUUGGCCACUAGGCCGCAGCCGAAGAAAUAUUCCAUCUAUGAUAUCAAGCAAGUGAAAAAAUAUAGUACGGUUCAAGAACGAAUCGAGGCGAAACGUAGAGAUGAAAGCAAGUACCAAAAACAAUUUACCGAUCAAGGUAUUGCAGAGAAAAAGAAGAUUUUACAAGGUGUAAAGCUAGAAGAAUUCUUAGGGAAAGCUGAACGUUACAGGGAAAGGCAUAGACAAGAAGAAGCACGGCGAGCACAAAAGAGGAAACAAGAAGGAGUAGUAAGAUUACGCAGUAAAAACAAGAAGCCUAGACCUCCAUCUCCAGCAGAGAAUAAAGCCGCAGAAAUACGGGCAGCAAAUUCGGCUGCUUUAUCACAAUUAUCAACAACGCCCAAGUUUAUGCAAAAAUUAAAAGAGGAAACUACUGCUUUUACCACUGUUAAGAAGGCUACACCCGAUAAAGGCAUGAAUUUUCUGCUUUCCUACUUCCAUGAUGUCAAAAUUAUCACUAUGUUCCUAAUCGGAAGAAGUUUAGUCAUCAUUCUGGUCACUACGCUCCCAUUCUUUCUUAGCUUUCUUAGUACAGGUGCUAAAAAAGCGAUCUCAAAGACGAACGAGCAAGACAUUGUACCUACUUCUGAUCAUCAAUCAAACCUUACUAAAAAGCUUCGCACAACCUCAUAUGCGGAACAGAGAAGGGCAUGGAAAACUCGAAUACAAAGGGUGCAAAAGUAUAAGAGCCUUGAAGAGAGACAUGAAGCAAAACGAAGUGAUGAUCGCAAAUAUCGCAAACAAUUUACUCAGCAAGGUAUCGAAAAAGCAAAAAAAACAUUGAAAGGCGAAGAAUUAGAUGCUUUUUUAAAGAGAGCUCAUCAUUUUAGAGAAUCAAGGUCGGCGAGAACACAGAAAUCAAGAAGACGUGGACGUGCGGACGUAGAUGAAAGUAACCAGCAGAAACUGUCUGCCGACGUACGAGCUAUAGAUGUAAGAGCAGCUAACGCGGCAGCGCUAUCUCAACUACCAAGAAGAUGGAGUUUCGACCAAAGAAGAUUAAAUGAAGAAGCUCAUUUUUAUGAAACACAGGCGGUAUCGUAUUUGUAUUCGCUGCUGUGCUACCCUUUCGUUUAUUGUAUGGAUGUCGAAGAUAAAAGUGAUACCAGAAGAACAGAACCGAGCGAAAGCAUUUCAGGGCUAUCUCAUGGAUCUGCGAACCUGGCUGAUGGCUCGCAAUCGAAGAAAUUGACCCUAAAUGGAGUUAAAAGGGUGCAAAAGUAUAGUACGGUUCAAGGACGAACCGAAGCGCAGCGUGGAUAUGAAAGCAAAUACGAAAGACAAUUCACCGAUCAAGGCAUUGCAGACCUAUAUCUACUUACCAUUCGGUCCCUUAUCAUCAUAAAGGAAGAAGAGGACCUUACAAGGUACAAAGGAAAAGCUGAACGAUAUAGGGAAAGGCGAAGACAACAGGCACGGCGAGCAAGAAGAAGUAAGCAAGAAGAAGGGGGAAGUGUACGCAUUAGAGAUAAAAAGCCUAGACCUCUAUCUCCAGCGGAGAAAAAAGCCGCAGAAAUACGAGCAGCAAAUUCGUCUGCUUUAUCACAAUUGAUCAAAACCCCCAAAUUUAUGCAAAAGUUGGAAAAAGGCGCUACCUCAUCUUCCAUUGUGCCAAAGUCUUUGCCCGACAAAGGCGCAAAGUAG